AUGCGGGCUACGCCAGCAACGCACGGAAUACUUUGUAAACGUAGAGCAAAAGUUACUUUACCUGAUUUAUACAAAGAUGGAGAUAUCAUCAUCGGCGGAAUAUUCAACAUGCACUUGGAUCGCAAUCACGACUCCAAUAAAUUUACCUCUACCCCGAAAAGCACUGCGUGCAAAAGUUUUGAUUUUGAAAGCUUCCGAUUGGCGCAGACGAUGAUUUUUGCUAUUGAAGAAAUAAACCAGAAUAAGAAUCUCCUCCCAGAAAUCACACUGGGGUAUCAGAUCCACGAUGACUGCUCGUCGCCCUCGAUCGCCUCGAAAACAGCACUUGCAUUGAUCAACGGAGAAGAGGAAUCAGUUGAAUAUUCCGAAUGUACAGGUUCCUCGAACGUCGCUGCUAUUGUUGGCUGCGGUGCAUCUACAAAUUCUAUCGUAACUGCUCGGACAGUCGGUUACUUCGGGAUUCCGCUGAUUAGUUACUACUCCACCUGCUCAUGUCUCAGCGAUAAGAAAGAAUACCCAACGUUUUUCAGAACUAUACCCGGCGACCAAUAUCAAUCCAGAAUUCUCGCUGAACUGGUGAGAACCUUUGGCUGGAAGUGGAUUGGAACAAUUAGAAGUAACACAGAUUACGGAUGUUUUCUGUUGCUUCAGAUCCCACGAGCAGUUUGCUCAGAACCCUGUCUUCCUGGAACUAGAAAAGUUAGCCGGAAAGGGCAGCCAAUUUGUUGUUUUGAAUGUGCAGAGUGUCCCGAUGGUGAGAUCAGUAACGCCACUGAUUCCACGGACUGCAUCGAGUGUCCAGUGGAAUACUGGUCCAAUCAGGCAAAAACUGAAUGUGUUUUCAAGAAGAUUGAAUUUCUUUCAUUUGGAGAAGCUCUGGGGUUUAUAUUAGUGACACUUAAUCUACUGGGAGUAUGUUUCUCUUUGGCCACCGCUGUGAUUUUCUACCGGUAUCGAGAAACUCCCAUCGUCAAAGCGAACAAUUCCGAGCUCAGUUUCUUGCUCCUUUUCGCCCUACUGCUUUGCUUCAUUUGCUCGCUCGCCUUCAUUGGAGAACCAUCGGUAUGGUCAUGCAUGUUGCGCCGCACAGCUUUCGGUGUCGUGUUCGUUCUUUGCAUUUCCUGCAUCCUGGGCAAAACCAUCCUUGUCGUGAUUGCCUUUAGAGCAACUCUUCCCAAUAGCAGUGUGAUGAACUGGUUCGAACCGGCACAGCAACGCUUGGGCGUACUCAUCCUUACCUUGUUGCAAGGUUUAGUUUGUGCUGUUUGGCUAGGUGUGUCACCUCCGUAUCCCCAUAAAAAUAUGAACCAUUACAGAGACAUUAUUAUUCUGGAAUGUGACGUGGGUUCUAUGGCGGCCUUUUGCAUAGUCUCGGCCUAUAUUGUUCUGUUGUCCAUAGUGUGUUUAGUGCUUGCAUUCUUUGCUCGGAAACUUCCGGACAAUUUCAAUGAUGCCAAGUUCAUCACCUUCAGCAUGCUGAUAUUUUGUGCUGUUUGGAUAACUUUUAUUCCAGCUUAUGUGAGCUCUCCGGGAAAGUACACCGCAGCUGUCGAAGUGUUCGCUAUCUGGGCAUCGAGCUUCGGUCUGCUUUUCUGCAUUUUCGCACCGAAAUGUUACAUUAUAUUACUGAAACCAGAGAAUAAUACAAAAAAGCAUAUGAUGGCGAAAGGGACUUCACUGUAA